AACACAUCCAGCUUUGCUGUAAUUGACCCAACCACCACAGACCAUCAAGCUGCUUCUGCUUCUGCUUCUUUUUAGUGUAUUGCCUUUUAUCUAAUUCAUGAAAACUCCCUCCAAUUCAAAAGCAAAAAUGUCCUCUGACCCAAAUGUAUUACCUGUUAUAAUCAGACAUUCUGGUAAAACGUAUCCAAUUGAAAUCAACCUAAACGACCAUGGUAUCGUUUUGAAAAAUAAGAUCUUUUCCUUAAUUAAAGUUCAACCACAUCGCCAAAAAGUUAUGUUGAAAACUGGGAAAUUAAAAGAUACUGAUCUAUUAAAAAAUUUAAAAUUAAAGAAAAGUCAAUCGAUUUUAGUCAUUGGAACACCUGAACCAGCUGAACCCGAAAAGCAAAAUGAAUUUAUUAAAAAUUUUCACAACCAAUUUAAUAAGAAUAACAGAAAUACCGCUGAUAAAGAAUUUCAAUUUAAUGGUGAAAAUCCAUUUGAAAAGCCCUUUGGUUUGAAAAAUUUAGGCAAUACUUGUUAUUUCAACGCCAUUAUCCAAGCCUUAUUUAAUUGUAAAGACUUGAGAAACGAAAUCCUAAAAUACGAAAAAUCUUCAUCUUCAAAUAAAUAUCAAAUUUUCACUUAUAAAUUGAAAUUAUUAUUCCAAGAUUUAAAUUUGCAACAUCAAAUUCUAAAUUCAAAGUUUCAAGAUAAAUCCUUGAUAAAAAACCUCUUUGUAACUCCCUUUAUCCUACUAACUGAUUUAAGAUCCUUAUUUCCUCAAUUUGCUGAAAAGUCAAAUCUUGGAACAUAUAAACAACAAGAUGCAGAUGAAUGUCUUUCCCAAAUAUUAUCGGUCUUGGAGCAAACUUUACCAAAUGAGUUUAUCUUGAAUUAUUUCCAUAUAAAUUUUAAGUCGACUACAAAAUGUAUCGAAUUACCUGAAGCUGAAAAAGAUGAUCCUAAAAAUAUCCAAAUUAACAAUGAGGAUUCUUUAAAAUUAAAUUGCCACAUUAACAUCAAUACAAAUUUUUUAAAAGCUGGAUUAAUUGAAAAUUUAUCGGAAAUUAUUACAAAAAGAAAUGAAGACCUCGAUAGAAACGCCAAUUAUCAAAUUCAAAAAAAGUUCACCAAAUUGCCUAAAUUCUUGCUAGUAAAUUUUGUUAGGUUUUAUUGGAAAAGAGACAUUAGUAAGAAAGCUAAGAUCUUAAGAAAAGUCACUUUUCCUUUGGAACUAGAUUUAACCGAUUUAUAUGACGAUAGCAUUAAAUCUGAUCGUUUUGCUAAAUUAGAAAAAAUCAGAAAAAUCAACAAAGAUAAACACGACGAAUACGUUGAAUUUAGAAAAACCAAAGAAUUCGAAAACCAAGAAAAGGAAAAACUAAUGAUGGAUUUCACCAAAAGAAUUCAAAGAGAAAACGAGGAAUUUGAGAAAAACGAGGAAAAAUGGCUAACAAAAUUCAAAAAAGUCUAUCAAAACGACGAGUUUUACUCUGAGGGCGAGAAUCCUACCGGGUUGUACGAUCUCAUUGGCGUUGUAACACACAAAGGAGCCUCUGCUGAUUCUGGCCACUACCAGUUCUUUUCUAGAGACCUCAAGGACUUGACAGGAAACACCUGGUUCUACUUCAAUGACGACAAGGUGCAAAUUGUGAAGAAGGACAGGAUUGAACGAUUGGCUGGAGGAGGCGAAAGCGACAGUGCUUUGAUCUUGAUCUUCAAGGGUGUUGGUGUCUGAGCUGUCCAUCUAUAUACCCAUCUAUAUAUCUAUUUAUCUAUUUAUCUCAUCACAAUACAUGCUCCAUUCCUCAUUCUCUUAUCUCUGCGGCGUGCUCUGUUCUGAUUGGCGGAGCGAGCCUCAGAAG